CCUUCGCUCUAUAUGGGAGACUCGUACUUUUUUAAUGCUAGAACAUGCACGUUUUGACGAUCAUAUGAUCAACAUCAAGAAGUCUGUAGAGUCGCAACGCUGAAUCAGUUGGUUAAAGUCUCAUGCUAAAACGAAUUCGGUCUACCAACAUAAACUAUAUCAUCCAAAGUGGUAAAUUCUAUUCAUUUUCAUCGUUGCUUGGACAAAAUUUUAUUGUUCUACACAUCUGCGCGGUCCUGCUACUGCAGUAAGCUUUAGAAGAUCAAAAUAAUUAACGUUUUGCUUCUGCCCUCCCAAAAGAAACCAGCAUGGAUAUUUGGUUUUAUUUUAUUAUCGCCCAGGCUAUAUUAUGCUGUUUUACUGCUUGCCCCGUUAAGAGUGGGCGUCGAGAAGAAGUACUACAACGAUUGGACGGUGCUAUUUCAAGAAAUAAGAGCGGAACAGCAUUCCUAGGCACCCUGACCAAUCCUUCGCAUCCGCCUGAUCCCCUUGCAAAUUCGGUACUCAUAAAGGCAGCGGAAGGAGCGCCUGUGACGCUGUAUUGCCACGACGACCGCACAAAUCGACAUGACGUCAAAGGUCACCACCUGGCAGUGCGCUGGAACGACAUGGAGUUCACCAGAACGAGUCCGGUGGAACCGACCCGACCCGUUGUCAGUUGCGGUUGCACCAACUCAACCUCGACGAUCGUAGGAUUUAAUGUUUCGAUGCACAGUUCCACAUUCGCCAGUGUCAAGUUAAACGAGUUCAGCCAAGCCAAUACCGGGAGGUACGAGUGCCGAUGGUAUAACGGAGCUGAGGUCUUCAUCAGUCAGCGAUAUGUUGUCAGCGCUGAAUUUACCGCGCAGCAACUCUUCACGCCACCCAUGCAGAGCGUCUCCGCCAAGAUCGGCGAGCGCGUAGAACUGCGGUGUUACGUCCACUUCGACCAGAUGGCCGGCGAUCUGCUGCAGCGGUUCAUGUGGACAAACGAGCGCGAUUUAAUGAUGGCCAAUUACGCCAAGCACCUUCACCACGUCACGCGCUACCGGAAGAGCAUCACCUGGUGGCUGGCGCCAGUGAAAGGGGCGUGCUAUAUGGCGCUGAUAAUUCCGUCGGUGACGCUGAAGGACGCCGGCCGGUAUCGCUGCUGGUUUAGAGUGGACGACGUGCUGGAGGAGUGGCUGGUGCAGAGCGCGUAUAUCACGGUGACGACUUAUUAGAGUGGUGCUUUCAGUGUCAAUCUCCGGACGAAGAGAUUAUUGGUCGGUUUCUGUUAGCUUUCAGCUGCGAGCAAAGAUGGUCUCUUAUGAGAUAAUCUGGUGUUUUUGGUUGGUUAAGCUGCUUAUUGUUCAUCCUAAAAUCUCUCGUGCAUCCUUCGAAUCUCUUUUUCUCCCAUUAGUGACAUUAAUCUUAGUCUUUGCCACCGUGAUUUGGUGCCGGGUUGGGUCUGUUUUUUUAUCUGUAUUUUACGGACAGAUCGCUGGCUGGUAUUUGGAUGUUACUUAUAUAUACAAAAAAAUAUGCCUUCUGUUUUACUUGUGCUAGCGGGUGUUGGCCACAUCAUUUGCACCGAGCUCGCGCUAAUUACUACUGGAAAAUGGUACCGGGUAACUUUUGUGGAAGUAGUAACGUGU